UGGACAUUGUGCCGAUCAAAAAUGAAAAAAGAGAAGUGGUGUUGUUCCUGGCCUCACAUAAAGACAUUACGCACACGAAAAUGGCAGAAAUGCACGUGGGCAUGGACUACGAUCCAGAGGAAGCCGAACCCGAAGAACCAGAACCCACCAGUAACGCGUACGGACGAAGAAGAAGCAGAGCCGUACUUUACCAAUUAUCUGGCCAUUAUAAGAGUGAUAAACCAAAAACCGGCAAGCUGAAACUGAACAACACAUUGCUGCAGGGCUCAUCUGCACCGCUACCGGAAUACAAAACGUCAGCCCUGAAAAAAUCCCGAUGGGUAUUAUCGCAUUACGGGGUUUUCAAAACUUGCUGGGAUUGGCUGAUAUUGAUAGCUACGUUUUACGUUGCGAUCGUGGUACCAUACAACGCCAGUUUCGUCAACACGGACAAACCGUCCAUGGUCAGCGACGUGGUCGUAGAGUCGCUUUUUAUAGUCGAUAUUUUGUUCAAUUUUCGGACGACUUUUGUCAACAAAAAAGGCGAAGUGGUGUCGGAUUCCAAAACGAUCGCCUUCAAUUACUUGAAGAGCUGGUUCGUGGUAGAUUUAUUCGCUGCCCUGCCGUUCGACCUGUUGUACGCUUCGGACGUUUACAGCGGAGACGAAGCUGGUUCAGGACAGGUUCAUUUAUUAAAACUGACUAGACUGCUGAGGUUAGCAAGACUGUUGCAAAAAAUCGACAGGUAUUCGCAAUAUGGUGGUAUGAUUCUCACACUGUUGAUGCUCCUAUUUACAUUAGUUGCACAUUGGUUUGCGUGCAUAUGGUAUGUAAUCGCAGAAAGCGAACGUCAUGAAAAAGGAAGAGAUUGGGAUCUAGGAUGGAUGAACACACUCGCAGAACGUCUCCAUAAGGACGUGGAUAAUGUGACCCACUCAGAGGCGUACAUAACAUCAUUAUAUUUCACGUGUUCUAGUUUAACCAGCGUCGGGUUUGGUAACGUUUCGGCUACUACCGGUGCCGAGAAAAUAUUCAGUAUCAUCACGAUGCUGAUUGGAGCCCUGAUGCACGCGGUGGUGUUCGGUAACGUGACGGCCAUCAUACAGCGCAUGUACUCUCGACGGUCAUUAUAUCAGAGCAAGUGGCGGGACCUCAAGGACUUCCUAACGCUACACCAGGUACCCAGCGAGCUCAAACACAGAAUGCAGGACUAUUUCCAGACUAUGUGGUCUCUUAACCAUGGCAUCGACAUACACGAGACGCUGAAAGAGUUUCCAGAAGAGCUCAGAGGCGAUGUUUCCAUGCAUUUGCAUCGAGAGAUACUGCAACUGCCAAUUUUUGAGUCCGCAUCACAGGGCUGCCUGAAACUGUUAUCGUUGCACAUCCGGAGUAACUUUUGUGCCCCGGGUGAAUAUCUCAUUCACAAAGGUGAUGCGCUUACAUCCAUCUAUUAUUUAUGUAACGGUUCCAUGGAAGUCGUCCAGAAUGGCAUGGUCGUCGCCAUUUUAGGUAAAGGUGAUUUGGUUGGAUGCGAUAUUAGUAUGUGGCUGGGUCAAGGUAGUGGUUCAGGUAAUUCGGGCGUUGUCGCUGGUGGUGGAACCACCGGUGGCGGUGCAGGAGGUGACACGGUGGUCAAGUCUAGUUGCGAUGUCAAAGCUUUAACUUAUUGCGACCUGAAGUGCAUUAAUGUGCUAGGCUUGGUAGAAGUUUUGCGGCUUUACCCAGAGUAUCAACAGGAGUUUGCAAACGACAUACAACAUGACUUGACGUACAACAUACGUGAAGGAUACGAGGCCGAAGUAAUUAAACCUCACAAAGAAAUUGAUCAAAAUGGUAUAACGACGUUAACGUUACCAUCAAUAAGUGAAGACGAUGAAAACUUGCAAGAAGAAUGCGACGGAUCUCCAAAGUCACCUCCUUCUAGAUCACCGUUGCACUCCAGUUAUAGUCCUAGUAGACAUAACCUUACUAAAUUAUCUCAAAACAGAUCAAGAACGUUGCCUCGAAGUGAUAUCGAACACAGAAAAGUCAAUGUUGACAGACUGGACACGCAAGUUACUUCACUUCAUUAUCACGUUGCAACUUUAAGUCAAGAGGUGAAAAACGCCAUACACGCGCUGCAAGAGCUGGCGACGACCAGUUCGAGCGUGAGGCUGCCGUACUCGUUGCCGGCCAGGUCGAACCCGGACCUGCCGGAGAACGCGAAACGGUCGCAGACGGGCAUGCUCCAGCGGAGUUCGUCGCACCCGCCCGAGGUGUUCGGCUGGGACGGCGCCGUGUACGACAGCCCGGCGCACCAGCCGCACCACCAGUACGGCCUGCACCACCUCCAGCAGCAGCACCAGCACAACCAGCAGCACCAGCACCACCUCCAACACCACCACCACCAACCGCACCACCUCGCGUACCAGCAGCAGCAGUGUCUGACGUAUCAGCAGCACUCCAACGGCGGCGGUAACCGGUUCUUAUUAGGUCAACUCUUGUGGACUUACCUGAAUCUUAAAGUGUCACAUUCACACAUGAGCCAAUGUUUAAUGUGGUUUUUAAAUAAUGGCGAUUGCAAUUAA